UUUAGUCUGUAUCAAAAACGUUCAUAUACUCUUUCGCGUGUGUUGACUAAUGUUCAAAUCGUCUCAAUAUUGUAAACAGAAGUUUAGCGAAACACGUGCAAGGGUCUUGUAUAGCGGAAGUAACGUCAAUUACGCCACAUCCUCAACGUUUCCUCCGCUCAAAAUUCUCUUUUUUCUUCGGUAUCGUGAGAUUAUAUCGUUCAUAUUAAAUACACAUUUUAGUAUCAUCAAUAUUGUGUUACUAUUAGUAUACUUUAUUUAUUUUUAUUUUUUAUUUAUUUUUUACCGGAAGACAAAAUUUCACGGUCAAAAUUCAUGACGAAGAAAAACUUCACCCGGAAGUAUUAAACCAAGUACGAAAAAAAAGCAUCUAGAGGCAAAUAUCAAUGGGGGUUACUUGUGUGUGCCAGGUGCCGGUGGCAGAGGGGAAGAGUGUGCAGCAGACUGUGGACAUGGUGCACAAGAAACUGGAGCAGCUGGGCGCUGUGAAACAGGGCAGCUUCUGUGUCGACUGUGAGACGUACCAUGCGACUGGAAGUGUCAGCGGUCAGCCCUCCAAGCUCUUAUACGUGAUGCACAAUUCAGAAACCCCCUUGAGCUGCCUUGCUCUGUUUGAGAACGGACCCUGUCUGGUAGCUGAUGCCAACUUUGACGUUCUCAUGGUGAAGCUCAAGAGUCACUUCCAGAAUGCCAAGGGCCACAAAGUGGAGUGUCGGGGCUCACGAUACCGCUACUGCGACUUCCUGAUCAAAGUUGGCACAGUGACCAUGAGCUCAAGUGCAAGAGGGAUAUCAGUAGAGGUGGAAUAUUGUCCGUGUGUGGUUCCAGGGGACUGCUGGAAUCUUAUGAAGGAGUUUAUGCUGUCAUUCCUGGGCCCCAGCGUCCCAGAGCUGCCAUCUGCGUUUGUUGCCAAGCCUGAAGGCAUUUUUGCACCGGCUGACUGCAUUGACACCAUGACACAGUAUCUGGAGUUGUUCAACAAACUGCGUAAACUGCAAAUUCAAGGGAGUAAUGUGCGUUGAAUUGCCAUUCCUGAAGGAGAGCUUUUUUUUUUUUAUACAUUCCUAAUAAUAUUCAUCAAUUCUGGUCCUGUGGAUCAAGAAUCUAUCCUGGCAUCUGAUAAUAAAGUCUGGCCUUUUAUUUCCAUUGA